AUGCAAGUAUCACUCGCGUGCUUGAUGAUUUCAGUAUCCUUGAACGCCAUUUUGACGGCAGGGCAAAGUGAAUUGAGCAACGAGAUCCCCGGGUCCAUCUCUCAUUCAGAGAGCUCUGCAGGAAACCAGGCAGAGGGCGAGGAGAAGGACUGUGAAUGCGUGCCUUACUACCAGUGCCUGAACAACACGUUCAACACCGAUGGGGUCUACCUUAUUGAAAAUAGGACCCUAGGGCCGUGCACCCACUACCUGGAAGUCUACUGCUGCGCGCGGGUGACGUCGGACCCGAGGCUGGACGCAGAGGACCGCGUGACGUCACCAUCGACACCAACACACAUGCAUGAGCGACGCGAAUGUGGACGUCGGAACGCAGGGGGCGUCGGUGGCUUGAGGCUGAGCGACACCCUCAUCAACGAGUCCCAGUUCGGGGAGUUCCCGUGGAUGGUGGCCAUACUCAAGGACGAGCCCUGUCCGAAAUGCUCCAAACCGGACGCCAAGCUGAGCGUCUAUCAGUGCGGUGGUUCCCUCAUCGGCCCCCAAGUCGUCCUCACUGCUGCUCAUUGUGUCUACCAACAAUCACCUCUGCCGCUGAAGGUCCGUGCCGGUGAGUGGGACACGCAGACGACGAACGAGCUGUUGCCGCACUACGACCGGCGCGUCAAGGAUAUCAUCGUCCACGAUGCGUACUACGCCGGUGGACUCCACAACGACGUGGCCCUACUCGUCUUGGACGAACCCCUCGAGUUCAAAGAGAACGUCGACGUAGCUUGCCUGCCCGGACAAGACGAGGUGUUUGACGAGCGGGAGUGUUUCGUGUCCGGCUGGGGCAAAGAUGUCUUUGGCAAAGAAGGCAAAUAUCAAGUAAUUUUGAAGAAAGUACAGAUGCCAACGGUGCCACGGGAUGUUUGCCAAGCUGCUCUGCAACAAACCAGACUUGGAAAACGCUUCAGGCUCCACGAGAGUUUUAUCUGUGCUGGUGGAGAAAAAGGAAAAGAUGCGUGCAAGGGUGACGGUGGUAGCCCAUUGGUGUGCCCAAUCCAAUCCCGACCAGGGCAUUAUGUGCAGGUUGGCAUCGUGGCUUGGGGGAUCGGCUGCGGCGAAAAUGGCACCCCUGGUGUCUACGUAAAUGUUGCCAAAUUCCGAAACUGGGUCGAUUCAAAACUCAGCCAACUUCGACUGGAUGCCACCACGAACGCCUUCAUCUCCUUAUAAGCACAUCCCAGGCAAAAAUGACGCUAUGACGUCAUCCGCAUAUUUUUAUUUUUUUUUAUGCAUUGGAAAUGUGUUUUAUUUGAAUGAAAAUGAACGACUUCUCUGAAAACUUGAGAGAGAACUCCUCAAAAUUUCCUUUAAGAAAUCUGUGUUUCAAACACAAAUUUGGCAACGCCCGAGCGAUCAUACGGCGUUAUUUUGCCGUGAUAGCGAACAGACCAGUAAGUUCAAAUUUUCGAAAUCUAGUCGCCUUCAGAAUUCGUCUUAUUUCUUUUAGCUGAAUCCAUUAAAAUAACUAUCGUAGCAACUUU